GUCGUUUCUACGACAAGAAGGGCAAUGUUAAAAAAUGGUGGUCAGCUCCCUCUGCAGAAAAGUUUGAGUCCAAAUCAAAGUGUUUUGUCAAACAGUACAACAAAUACAAAAUAUUUGAUAAAUAUGAAUGGCACUAAACAUGAAUAAGAGCGUCGACCCCUGCGAAGACUUCCAUGCCUAUGCGUGUGGUGGUUGGCAACGCAGACAAGCCUUGAAGUACAACGUACGUACAACGAGGAGCAUCGUGUGGAACAAAAACAUCCACGUCCUCAAAAAAACUUUGGAAUGGGCUCGUCUGAAUUAUCCAAAGAACGACGCUGUGAUGAAAAUGGUACGCAUGUACUACUCUUGCCUGAACACCACCGCAAUAGAUGCCCUAGGAUUACAGCCCCUCAAAGAUUUGAUCGAAGAAUAUGGCGGAUGGAGCAUUUCACAGAACUACAACCCAAAAGUUACCCUAGCGCAACGAAUUGGCAGAGCUGCACGUGAACUGAAUAUCGACUCUUUGUUUGGCAUGGAUGUGCGACCCUUAAACUCUGAUGUGAAUGUGCUGAUGUUAAAAGAGUCAGCCUUAGGACUUACCAAGAGGGACUAUUUGGAUCUAGACGAAGACAGUGAAAAGAAACGCAAAGAUUACAAAAACUACAUGAAAGUUGUGAGCCAAAUAUUUAAUGCGCCAAACACUAAAAUGGAGGCAAUAUAUGACUUCGAAGUAAGACUGGCAAAGAUUGUGAGUGGCAAGAGCCUCGAUGCUGCUUUAACUGAUUAUAUCAAAACCAUUGCCACAUCAACUAGAAGCAGAAGAAAUACAGACGAUUGGACAAUAACUCUUUCUAGGCUUAGCAGAGUGACUGGGUUUCCGUGGCCUGUGCUUAAGGAGGUUUUGGAUGUUCUGUUUGACAGACAGUUAACUGGAAAUGAAAAAAUGCUUGAUGUUCCUAAACAUAAAGUCUUUUUGAAGGAGAUUAGUCUUUUGUAUAACAAAACAAAUCACACACUUAUAGCUGACUACAUCAUGUGGCAAGUUGUCCGUCAUUACGUUGGUGGUCUUCCCGAUCUAUACCGACCUGCAAAUGGCGAUCUUUUAACAAGCACCAACAUACCACGAUGGAAGCAGUGCAUCAAUGCAAUGUUAGAUCCCUUUGACAUGCCACUCGGCCUACUCUUUGUGGAUGUCCGUUUUUAUGAUGAAGCUAAAGUUCAGAUCAAAGACAUGAUUGAAAACGUUCGAACUUCAUUCAUCCAGAAACUAUCAAGUCAAACUUGGAUGGACAAAGAAACUCAGGGGAAGGCGAAGGAAAAGGCUUUGGCAAUCACAGUUGAGGAAAUUGGAUAUCCAGCUUCCAUCAAGGAUCCUGCGAAACUAAAGGCACAGUAUGAUUCGCUUAGCGUAACAGACAGCCUUAUGGACAACAUCAAAGCCGCCAAUCAUUUUUUCAGAAUGAGAACUUUAAAAAAGUUUGAGCGUCCAGUGGACAAAAAAGAAUGGACUAAGGGUCCUUUUAAAGUCAAUGCUUUCUACGCUCCUUUCCUGAACGCAAUAGAAACUCCGCUCUUCUCAAAUCGCGCGGAAACUUCUCAAAAUGUCUAUUUUGUUAGGUCCAUCAAUUAUGGUGGUAUAGGUGUGGUUAUUGGCCAUGAAAUCACACAUGCUUUCGAUGGAACAGGUCGUUUGUAUGACAAGAAUGGCGAUUGUAAAAAUUGGUGGUCAAAUACUUCUGCAGAAGCCUUCCUUUCCAAAUCAAAGUGUUUUGUCAAACAGUACAACAAGUAUAAAAUAUUUGAUAAAUAUGCAAAUGGAAAUAUGACGUUGAACGAAAAUAUCGCAGACAACGGUGGCAUUAAACUGGCAUAUGACGCUUACCAGCGAUGGACAAAGGAACACGGUACCGAAAAAAUCCUGCCUGGUCUUUACCUCAACCCUAACCAACUCUUUUUCUUGGGAUUUGCUCAGUCUUGGUGUAGUGUGUAUAGCAAGGAAGGUGCUUACAGUCAGUUGUACACUGACGUCCAUUCCACGGGAAAAUACAGAAUUCUUGGUCCACUGUCCAACUUCGAGAAGUUUUCUGAAGUUUUUAAGUGUAAACCAAACAGUGGCAUGAAUCCUGUGGACAAGUGUGCAAUCUGGUAAAUCUGGACAAACGAGUUCCUGGUUUAAGCUUGUUCACGACGGUCAUUUAAGAGCGACUGUCCAGAAAUAUCGAGCACGGGGCGGCCACAAUCAAAAAAAUAAAAGUCCUUCAUUUUUGGUCUGUA